AUGUCUGCCAGGGUUCUUGUAGCGUUGCUGGCUGUGACCUGUGCCGUUUCUGCCCAGUCAGAUGUGGAAAACAGGGCGAGAGAGUUCCUGCAGAGGUUUGACGAGGAGGCCACUCAGCGUAUGUACCAGUAUUCCCUGGCAUCAUGGGCCUACAACACCAACAUCACGAAGGAGAAUUCAGACAAACUGUCAGUGGAGGGGCAGAUUUGGGGCGAAUUCUACACCCAGAUGUCAGAGGAGUCUCAGCAAUUUCCCAUCGAUGAGAUCAAGGAUACAGAAAUUAAACUACAGCUCAUAUCCCUACAAGACAAAGGCUCUGGUGCCUUAUCCCCAGAUAAAGCUGCACAUCUGAGUAAAGUCAUGAGCGAGAUGAGUACAAUCUACAGCACAGCGACGGUGUGUCUCAUGGAUGACCCCCUUAACUGCCAGACUUUGGAGCCAGGCCUGGAGCAUGUAAUGGCCAACAGCCGAAACUACGCUGAACGUCUGCAUGUGUGGGAAGGCUGGAGGAGAGAGACAGGGAAGAGGAUGAGGCCUCUGUAUGAAGACUAUGUGGAUCUGAAGAAUGAAGCUGCUAAAGCUAAUGGUUUUGAAGACUAUGGAUCUUACUGGAGAUAUAACUAUGAGACCAUUGAAGAGGACCCUCGGUUCUACUACACCAGAGAUGAGCUGAUGGACGACGUCCGUGAUGUAUACAGACAGAUUCUGCCCUUAUACAAGGACCUGCAUGCCUAUGUGAGAGCCAAGCUUAUGGAUGUGUACACGGGACACAUCGAUUCACAAGGACCUUUGCCAGCCCACCUGUUGGGUGACAUGUGGGGAAGAUUCUGGACCAACCUGUACCCGCUGUCAAUCCCCUACCCCCAAAAACCUGAUAUUGAUGUCAGCAAAGCCAUGGUGGACCAGGGCUGGAAUGAGACGCGGCUUUUCAUAGAGGCAGAGAAGUUCUUCAUGUCUGUCGGCCUGUACGAGAUGUUCCCAAACUUCUGGACUAAAUCCAUGUUAGUGAAGCCUGAUGAUCGCAAGGUGGUCUGUCACCCCACAGCCUGGGACAUGGGAAACAGAGAGGACUUCAGGAUCAAAAUGUGCACCAAGGUUGACAUGGACAACUUCCUGACGGUGCACCAUGAGAUGGGUCACAACCAGUACCAGAUGGCUUACCGUAACUUGUCCUACCUCCUGAGGGAUGGCGCCAACGAGGGUUUCCACGAGGCCGUUGGAGAAAUCAUGUCACUCUCUGCUGCAACGCCCAAACACCUGCAGAGCCUGAACCUGCUGGCCCCCAACUUCGUCUAUGAUAAAGAAACGGAGAUCAACUUCCUGCUGAAACAGGCGCUCACCAUCGUGGCGACACUGCCAUUCACCUACAUGCUGGAGGAGUGGAGAUGGCAGGUGUUUGCAGGAAACAUCACCAAGGAUGAAUGGAUGAAGAGCUGGUGGGAGAUGAAGAGGGAGCUGGUGGGGGUGGUGGAGCCAGUGCCGAGAGACGAGACCUACUGUGACCCGCCUGCUCUGUUCCAUGUAUCUGGAGAUUAUUCUUUCAUCAGGUACUUCACAAGGACCAUCUACCAGUUUCAGUUCCAAAAGGCGCUCUGCGAUGCAGCUGGUCAUACAGGUCCCUUAUCUACAUGUGACAUCACUGGAUCUACAGCAGCAGGAACCAAACUGAGGAAUAUGUUGGAGCUAGGGAGGUCGCAAUCCUGGACCCGCGCUUUACAUACCAUAUCUGGGGACGUUAGGAUGGAUGCUGGCCCGCUGUUGGAUUAUUUCCAAAAACUUCAUGAUUGGCUGAAGGUGGAGAACCACAAACACAACAGGAAGAUAGGCUGGAAGACAGAAAUAGAUCCAUAUUCAGUGUAUGCCAUUAAAGUGAGACUAAGUUUGAAGGCGGCCAUGGGCGAUGAUGCUUAUUCCUGGAACACCAACGAGCUGUACUUGUUCAAGGCCAACAUCGCGUACGCUUUGAGGCAGUACUACCGCCAAAAGAACGAGACCCUCUCCUUCACAGCAGAGAAUGUCCUCACCUAUAAAGAGACUCCCAGGAUCUCCUUCUACAUUGUGGUCACCAACCCAACGACUCCCUCUGUAUAUAUCCCAAAGGAUGACGUGGAGGCUGCCAUACGGUUAUGUCGAGGCCGAAUCAAUGAUGCCUUCAAAUUGGAUGACAAGACGCUGGAGUUUGAGGGUAUCCUAGCAACACUGGCCCCUCCCGUGGAGCAGCCAGUGGAGGUGUGGCUAGUGGUGUUUGGGGCGGUCAUGGGAAUCGUGGUGCUAGCGGGCGUCUAUCUCAUCAUCUCUGGUAUCAGAGAUCGCAAAAAGAAAUCAACAAAGACCGAAGCUGUGGAGAAUCCGUACGACACAACAAUUGAGGGACAAAUUAACAAAGCCUUUGACGAGAGCGAAGAUGAACAAACUGGUUUCUGAGUCCACCAAAGAACAGAGGGAAGCUAUUAUAUAACAUGAAAUAACUGCAAAAUGUGUAUAGAUGUUGAAGUUUAAGU